AUGACACCGCCAGGUCCAAUUACAACACCACUUACGUCCCUUUUGGGAAUCAAACAUCCUAUAGUCCUUGCCGGAAUGGCCAGAGUGUCAGGCGGUCGACUUGCAGCAGCCGUGUCCAAUGCUGGUGGUCUUGGUAUCAUCGGCGGCUUCCAAUACACUCCCAAUCAACUCCGCGAGAUCCUAGCCGAGAUGAAGGCCAACUUCUCACGACCUGAUCUACCUUUUGGUGUUGAUCUAGCACUACCUCAGAUCGGAGGCAAUGCUCGAAAGACUAACCACGAUUACACGGGUGGCAAGUUGGAUGAAUUGGUUGACAUUAUCAUCGAUAGUGGCGCCAAGUUGUUUGUCAGUGCAGUUGGAGUUCCGCCACCAGAGGUGAUCAAGCGAUUCCACGACAAAGGUAUUUUGGUCAUGAACAUGGUUGGACAUCCCAAGCAUGCAACAAAAGCCUUGGAGCUCGGAGUUGAUAUGAUUUGCGCUCAAGGCGGCGAGGGAGGUGGCCAUACAGGAGAUGUCGCAAACUCAAUUCUUAUCCCUGCAGUUGCCGACAUAGCAUCAAAAUACCACCCUCCUCUUCUCAAAGGACUGCCUGCGUUGGUGCUUGCAGCAGGAGGCAUCUCCUCCGGACGAAGUCUUGCGAGCUCUCUUAUGCAAGGUGCAGCGGGCGUUUGGGUUGGUACUCGAUUUGUCGCAUCCGAAGAAGCUUCUUGUAGCGAAGAGCAUAAGAAGGCGGUUGUUUCAUGUGGAUAUGAGGAUACGCAACGAACACUUGUUAUCUCUGGGCGACCGUUGAGGAUGAAGACGAACGAGUACAUUCAAAAGUGGCAUGACCAGCCUGACAAAAUCAAGGAGUUGUGUGGUAAGGGUGUUGUGCCGCUCGAGUAUGACUUUGAGCAAGGGAACGACUUUGAUCUGCCGCAUCUGAUGGGACAGGUUGCUGGUGCCAUCACAAAGGUUCAGCCAGCCGGAGAGAUUGUUGAAGAGAUGGUCAAGGAGGCCGUUGAUAUGUUGAAGUUAGGUGGAACGUAUUUGACUGCUGUACCAAGGCUUUGA